AUGUCAGAUCCUCCAGAAUUGACUGAACCCGUCUCAUACAUCGUCAGGGUCGGCAUGGCAUUCGCCCACCCAGCCAUUAUAUCCAUGUUCACCAAACUCCAAAUGCCAUUUAGCAUCUCGACACCCACAUUAUUUCUCGCGAUCAAAGCCCUCUCCCCGAAAUACGUAAAACAAGCAAAGAAAAUCACUGACCAGGUUUGCGCCAACCGAGAUGCUUUUGUGAAUACCCUUGGAGAAGAACGGUUCCGACAGCUCGGGGUUGGGUCUGUAGUAGGCGGGAACCAGGCGAAUUUCAUUGUAGUCCCGAUUCUCAGCCACGGCGAAAAUGAAAAGAGAGAUGGAGAGCGAGCAAAGGCCGUGGUGGCAAAAGUCAGUGAGAUGUAUGGCAUUGGAGUGCGAUAUAUCGGGUCAGCCGUACAUUGUGAAGGCUGUAUUCGAGUGACGAUAGGCACGGCGAAGGAGCAGAAGAUGCUGGUCAAGGCGCUGCAGGAGGUGCUGGCUGUGGUGUAG